AAUGGUCUCUGGACACCUCCUAAAAACCCUAGCUGACUCAUCUUUCGGGCAUUAGCUUCUUCAGCAGUCGAAGGUCCCGAGCCGCUUCGCCACUCCCUGCAACAAUGGGUAUCGAUUUGAAGGCCGGAGGUAAGAGCAAGAAGACGAAGCGCACUGCGCCUAAGUCUGACGAUGUCUAUCUCAAGCUCCUCGUCAAGCUGUAUCGGUUUCUAGUGAGGAGAACCGGAAGCAAGUUCAAUGCUGUGAUUCUGAAGCGCUUGUUCAUGAGUAAAGUGAACAAGCCGCCAUUGUCUCUCUCACGUUUGAUCCGGUACAUGGAGGGAAAGGAGGACAAUAUUGGCGUUAUCGUUGGCACUGUUACAGAUGAUGCUAGAGUGUAUGAAGUCCCAGCUCUUAAGAUCACUGCAUUGAGAUUCACGGAGAGGGCGAGAGCCAGGAUCGAGAAGGCUGGUGGGGAGUGCCUCACAUUUGAUCAGCUGGCUCUUCGCGCCCCUCUUGGCCAGAACACGGUUCUACUGAGAGGCCCGAAGAAUGCACGUGAAGCCGUGAAGCACUUUGGACCUGCUCCUGGUGUUCCUCACAGCCACACCAAACCCUACGUUCGUUCAAAGGGCAGAAAGUUUGAGAGAGCUCGAGGUAGGAGAAAGAGCCGAGGUUUCAAGGUUUAAGAUAUUACCAAAUCUAGCAAAGCCAUUAGCACAGUGGCAAAACCAUCCCCCGUACACAAAUAGCUCCCAGCUCCUUUACGGUGCGUUUAUUUUGCAAGUUUAUGACUUCUGGAGCGUUGUUGGAUUACAUGACAUGCUCUUAUCUUAUAUAUUGGUAUUAAGUUGGAACCUUUUGUUUCUUGAUCAUGGAUGGUUUGAAUGAAAUCAGAGUCUAAGGACAAAACACA